AUGGCUCUGAGCCCCUGGCCCCUGCUGCUCCUGCCGCUGCUGCUGUCCUGUACAGUGACUCUGGCCCCUGCUGGGCCUCAGUCCCAGGACCAUGGUCUCUCCUUCCUGAAGUCCUUGUUCUCCACCUUGGACCAGGCUCCCCAGAGGAACCUCAGCCGCUCGCGGUUCUCUGCAUUCCUGGCCAACAUUUCUUCUUCUUUUGAGCCUGGGAGAAUGGGGGAGGGGCCGGUGGGAGAGCCCCCACCGCCCCAGCCCCCUGCCCUCCGGCUCCAUGAUUUCCUAGUGACACUGAGAGGCAGCCCGGACUGGGAGCCCAUGCUAGGGCUGCUGGGGGAUGUGCUGGCACUGCUGGGACAGGAGCAGACCCCCCGGGACUUCCUGGGGCACCAGGCAGGCGUCCUGGGAGGACUUGCAGAGGUGCUUUUGGGAGCUGUCGUUCCUGGGGGGCCUCCUACCCCUACCCGGCCCCCAUGCACCCGCGAUGGGCCCUCUGACUGUGUCCUGGUGGCUGACUGGUUGCCUUCUCUCCUGCUGUUGUUGGAGGGCACACGCUGGCAGGCCCUGGUGCAGGUGCAGCCCAGUAUGGAGCCCACCAAUGCCACUGGCCUUGAUGGGAGAGAGCCAGGCCCCCACUUUUUACAGGGUCUGUUGAGUUUGCUCACCCCAGUGGGGGAGCUGGGCUCUGAAGAGGCUCUUUGGGGAGGUCUGCUGCGCACAGUGGGGGCCCCCCUCUAUGCUGCCUUCCAGGAGGGGCUGCUCCGUGUCACUGACUCCCUGCAGGAUGAGGUCUUUUCCAUUCUGGGGCAGCCAGAGCCUGAUGCCAAUGGGCAGUGCCAGGGAGGUGAGUGCUGCUGGAGCCGGGGCUGGGCCAUGGCAGGGCAAGAAGGGAUGAGAUUGGGGGGCGUCCGGCACAACCUUUCCUGGGAUGCCCAGGCGCUGGGCUUUCUGUCUGGAUCACCACCCCCACCCCCUGCCCUCCUCCAAUGCCUGAGAACGGGUGUGCCUCUGCCCAGGGCUUCCCAGCCCUCUGCCCACACCAGCCCUCGCCAACGGCGCGCCAUCUCCGUGGAAGCCCUCUGCGAGAACCACUCAGGCCCAGCACCACCCUACACCAUUUCCAACUUCUCCAUCCACUUGCUCUGCCAGCUCACCAGGCCUGCCACCCCGCCGCCCCCUCCCAGCAUCACUGCCAUCUGCCAGACAGCUGUGUGGUAUGCACUUUCUUGGGCACCAGGUGCCCAAGGCUGGCUGCAGGCCUGCCAUGACCAGUUUCCUGAUCAGUUCCUGGAAGCAAUCUGCACCAACCUCUCCUUUUCAGCCCUGUAUGGCCCCCACCGCCGCCUGGUAAAGCCGCUCUGUGCUGGUCUUCUCCCACCCCCCACCAGCUGCCCUGAAGGCCUGCCCCCUGUUCCCCUCACCCCAGAGAUCUUCUGGGGCUGCUUCUUGGAGAAUGAGACUCUAUGGGCCGAGCGGCUGUGUAGGAAGGCCAGUCUGCAGGCCGUGCCCCCCAGUAAUCAGGCUUGGGUUCAGCAUGUAUGCCAGGGCCCUACCCCAGAUGUAACUGCUUUCCCACCCUGCCACAUUGGACCCUGUGGGGAACGCUGCCCAGAUGGGGGUAGUUUCUUGAUGAUGGUAUGUUUCAAUGAUACCAUGUAUGAGGCCCUGGUGCCCUAUUGGCCCUGGUUAGCAGGCCAGUGCAGAAUAAGUCGUGGGGGUAAUGACACGUGCUUCCUAGAUGGGCUACUGGGCCCUCUUCUACCCUCUCUGCCACCCCUGGGACCAUCCCCACUCUGCCUGGCCCCGGGUCCCUUCCUGCUUGGCAUGCUCUCCCAAUUGCCACGCUGUCAGUCCUCUGUGCCGGCCCUUGCCCACCCUACACGUCUACAUUAUCUUCUGCGCCUGCUGACUUUCCUACUGGGUCCAGGAGCCGGAGGGACUGAAGCCCAGGGGAUGCUGGGUCAGGCCCUGCUGCUCUCCAGUCUCCCAGACAACUGCUCCUUCUGGGAUGCCUUCCGCCCAGAGGGCCGGCGCAGUUUGCUGAGGACAGUUGGGGAAUACCUGGAACAGGAGGAACAGCCCACUUCACCAGGCUUUGAACUCUCGGAUGGCUCGAGCUCUGAAAUAAGCAAGAUGGAGCUGCUGGCCUGUUUCAGCCCUGUGCUGUGGGAUCUGCUCCAGAGAGAGAAGAGUGUGUGGGCCCUGCAGAUUCUAGUGCAGGCAUACCUGCACAUGCCCCCCGAAAAUCUCCAGCACCUGGUGCUUUCAGCAGAGAGGGAGGCUGCACAGGGCUUCCUGACACUCAUGCACCGUUCCUGGUCCCAGCUGCAGGUACCACCAUCUGAGGAGCAGGCCCUUGGUCGCCUGACAGCUUUGCUGCUCCAGCGGUACCCACGCCUCACCUCCCAGCUCUUCAUUGAUCUGUCACCACUCAUCCCCUUCUUGGCUGUCUCUGACCUGAUGCGUUUCCCACCAUCCCUGUUGGCCAACGACAGUGUCCUGGCUGCCAUCCGGGAUUACAGCCCAGAAAUGAGGCCCGAACAGAAAGAGGCUCUGGCAAGGCGACUGCUGGCCCCUGAACUGUUCGGGGAGGUGCCUGCCUGGCCCCAGGAGCUGCUGUGGGCAGUGUUGCCUCUGCUCCCCCACCUUCCUCUAGAGAACUUUCUGCAGCUCAGCCCUCACCAGAUUCAGGCCCUGGAGGAUAGCUGGCCAGCGGCAGGUCUUGGACCAGGACAUGCCCGGCACGUGCUGCGUAGCCUGGUGAACCAGAGUGUCGAGGAUGGAGAGGAGCAGGUGCGCAGGCUGGGGCCCCUCGCCUGUUUCCUGACCCCUGAGGAGCUGCAGAGCCUAGUACCUUUGAAUGAUCCGAUGGGGCCGGUAGAACGGGGGCUGCUGGAAUGUGCGGCCAAUGGGACCCUCAGCCCACAAGGACGGGUGGCAUAUGAACUUAUCGGGGUGUUGCGCUCAUCUGGAGGAGCUGUGAUGAGCCCCCGGGAGCUGCGAGUCUGGGCCCCUCUCUUCCCUCAGCUGGGCCUCCGCUUCCUGCAGGAGCUGUCCGAGCCUCAGCUUAGAGCCAUGCUUCCUGCCCUGCAUGGAACCAGUGUCACACCUGCCCAGGCUGUCCUGCUGCUUGGACGGCUCCUCCCUAGUCACGAACUCUCCUUGGAGGAGCUCUGCUCCUUGCAUCCUCUGCUGCCAGGCCUCAGCUCCCAGACACUGCAGGCCAUCCCUAGGAGAGUUCUGGUCGGGGCCUGUUCCUGCCUGGCCCCCGAACUGUCACACCUCUCAGCCUGCCAGACCGCAGCACUGCUGCAGACCUUUCGGGUGAAAGAUGGAGUUACAAAUACGGGUACAACAGGUGCCGGAGCGGCUGUGUGUAUCCCUGGUCAGCCUAUCCCCACCACUUGGCCAGAAUGCCUGCUUCCCCUGCUUCCACUAAAGCUGCUGCAACUGGACUCUCCGGCUCUUCUGGCUAACCGAAGGUACUACCGGGAGCUGCCCUGGUCUGAGCAGCAGGCCCAGUUUCUCUGGAAGAAGAUGCAGGUGCCCACCAACUUGACCCUCAGGAAUCUGCAGGCUCUGGGAACCCUGGCGGGGGGCAUGUCCUGUGAGUUUCUGCAGCAGAUCAACUCGAUGGCAGACUUCCUUGAAGUGGUACACAUGCUCUAUCAACUGCCCACUGGGGUUCGAGGGAGCCUGAGGGCCUGUGUCUGGGCGGAGGUACAGCGGAGGACGGCAAUGCCAGAGCCAGAGCUGACUACCCUGGGGCCAGAGCUGAGUGGGCUAGACACCAAGCUGCUCCUGGACUCACCGGUCCGGUUGAUGGACAGACUCUCCAAUGAAUCCAUUAUGUUGGUGGUAGAGCUGGUACGAGCUGCUCCAGAGCAACUGCUGGCACUGACCCCAUUCCACCGGGCAGCUCUGGCAGAGAGGGCACUACAAAACUUGGCUCCAAAGGAGACAACAGUCUCAAGGGAAGUGCUGGAGACAUUGGGCCCCUUGGUUGGAUUCCUGGGGAUCGAGAGCACACGACGGAUCCCCCUACAGACCCUGCUGGCCCACCUCAGUCAGCUGCAGGGCUUCUGCCUGGGAGAGCCAUUUGCCACAGAGCUGGGAUGGCUGCUGACACAGGAGGCUCUUCUUGGGAAACCAGAGUUGUGGAGCCAGGAUGAAGUAGAGCAAGCUGGACGUCUAGUGUUCACUCUGUCUACUGAGGCGAUUUCCUUGAUCCCUAGGGAGGCCUUGGGCCCAGAGUCCCUGGAGCGUCUCCUAGAGAAACAGCAGAGCUGGGAACGGAGCAGAGCUGGACAGCUGUGUGGGGGGCCACAGCUUGCUCCCAAGAAAGCAGCUUUGGUAGCUGGGGUUGUACGGCCCACUGCGGACUAUCUCCCAGAACCUGUGCCAAAUUGUGCAGAUGUACGGGGGACAUUUCCGGCAGCUUGGUCUGCGACUCAGAUUGCAGAGAUGGAGCUCUCAGACUUUGAGGACUGCCUGUCACUCUUUGCAGGAGACCCAGGACUUGGGCCUGAGGAACUACGGGCAGCAAUGGGCAAGGCAAAACAGUUGUGGGGUCCCCCACGGGGGUUUCGUCCUGAGCAAAUCCUGCAGCUAGGUCGGCUCUUAAUAGGUCUAGGAGAGCGGGAACUACAGGAGCUAACCCUGGUGGACUGGGGAGUGCUGAGCACCCUGGGGCAAAUAGAUGGCUGGAGCUCAGCCCAGCUUCGAGUUGUGGUCUCCAGUUUCCUGCGGCAGAGUGGCCGGCACAUGAGCCACCUGGACUUCCUUCACCUGACUGCACUGGGUUACACUCUCUGUGGACUGCGACCAGAGGAACUACAGCAUAUCAACAGUUGGGAAUUUAGCCAAGCAGCUCUCUUCCUGGGCAACCUGCAUUUCCAGUGCUCUGAGGACCAACUGGAGGUUCUGGCCCAACUCCUUGUGCUGCCUGGUGGUUUUGGCCCAGUCAGUAACUGGGGGCCUGAAAUCUUCACUGAAAUUGGUACCAUAGCAGCUGGGAUCCCAGACCUGGCCCUUUCAGCACUGCUGCGGGAACAAAUCCAGGGCCUUACCCCUCUUGCCAUUUCUGUCAUCCCUGCUCCUAAAUUUGCUGUGGUGUUCAGCCCCACCCAGCUAUCUAGUCUCACCAGUGUGCAGGCUGUGGCUGUCACUCCCGAGCAAAUGGCCUUUCUGAGUCCUGAGCAGCGACGAGCAGUUGCAUGGGCCCAGCAUGAGGGGAUGGAAAGCCCAGAACAGCAGGGUCGAAGCACAGCCUGCGGCUUCCAGAACUGGUCACAACCCUCCUGGAUCUUAGCAUUAGCCGUCUGCUUCCUUGGCAACCUGUUAUGAACCUGUCUCUACAGUGAAAGAGUGACUGUUGGGAAAGAAACCUUAAGCCACAGUGAAUAAAGUGAAAAUGGAAUUAUAUUCUAAUUACUUUCAGGAAGCUGAUGAGGAACAUGGGUACAAGGUUAAUGCUUUCCACCCAGCUGAGAAUCAAUGUUCCUGGCAUGCCGUGUCUGGAUUUUCUUUCCAUCACCCCAUGGCCUCUCUUCCUUUCAUGGAGGCUGCUCCCUCCUCACCCCAUCAUUAGAAAACACACAGACAGGUGGAGCAUAGCAAGGUGUCUUUACUGGGACACAGGAAGUGGGGGGCAUCCAGGGCAAGUAGGAUAGGCCACCAUUAGAA